AUGGCAUCAAAAUAAUCAGUAGAUCUACACGGCGAUGGUCUAGUUGAAAAUUUGUUCCAUUUCAUCUGGUCUAAGGAUUGUCUUUUUAAAUCAGGUCCACAAGUCUUAAUUCCUGAUACAAUAAUAUACAGAUUUGAGCAACCAGCGUUUUGGUACUUUUCCAAGAAAACUGAUGGGACAAUUUUAAGAAAAAAUAAGAAAAAUCUCAAUAAUAAAUCUAUUGAGGAGGCAUUUUUAAAGAAUAUUAGUGGCAGCGGCAUUGUUGCUGUCUAUAUUUACAACAAAACAGAAAGAAACAUAGUAAAUGUGAUGAAUAAGCAGUAGAAAAUCAGAAUAAAUGAAUAGUAGUAGGAUUAUGAUAUUGAAUAAGAUGAUGAAUUAGCUAAUGCUAACUAUGAUGGCUUGAGUAUUCAUCAACGUAAGAACUCUCAAAAGGUAUUGAGGAUAGUAUGGAGUCCAAAGAUAUGUGUAUUUGAAAGAAAAGAAAACCUGAAGGACUUAUAUGAUUAAAAGUAUGAUAUGUAUGAAAGAGUAGUGACCUAUGAAGGAGAGGAUAUCUCUUAGCAUAUCUCCAAUGUGACUUUUGAAAAAAUAAGACCAAACAGAAUGGUGUUGAAUUUUAAGAUUGACAAAAAUGAUAAGAUUUGGUUAUUAUGGUGUUCAUCAUUGAGAAUAGAGGGUAAAACUUACAAAUCUGAAGAUAUUAAAAUGGUUGAAUUUUCAGUUCCUAAAAACUAAACUCUAAAUGCUCUUCCUUUAAGAAUUGAGCAUAAACCAUCUUUGCCUAUAACCAUAAGGCAUGGCCAAACUCACUCAUCCAAGGCACCAACUAAUUUGCAUAGGGAAAGUAAAUGCCUUAGUUGUAACUUUCUAAUGGAACCUGAUAGAAUGUAUGAAAUUACGAUGAAGAUGGUUAUCUAAGACCAUGAUUUAAGAGCUUUCAAGGAUUCUAAAUAUUUAGUUUAAAGAGAAAUUUAAAAUCCCAAAGAUCUGGUAGAAAGGUAAAAUAGCCUUCUGAAAGGAAUUGAAAUAAAGCCAGCUCCUAAAAACUUUGAAAAUGAUAAUGCUGAUACAUAAGAAAAAAAAGAGGAGAAAAAAGAAAUGUAGAAGUAAUGGAAAAGAGUGUAAAGUGCAGGCGAAAUGAGGAAGACUGAUGAUUUCAGGACCACACAAAACUGGAUUCAAAAUAUUCUAAGCAAGGAUAAACCCAAGAUUAAGACGCUGAUUAUUCCUUUCAUACUCAAAUAGCUAUAUCCCUAAAUGACACUGCAUCAAUAUUAGGAACUAAAAGAAGAUAUCAAUUUUCAAAAUUAGACGACUUACGUCUGUGAAGAGUGUUUCUUAUGUAUCUCAAUGUCAAGUGAAAGUUCCGGUGUCAAAUUUAAAAUACCCAAGCCAAUAAAGAAAGUAGUGCUUAAGAAGUAAGAACCUGAAAAAAUUUAGCAAAGAAGAAAUCAGACUUAUGUCAGAAUUAGAGGAAUGAGUAAUAGUGCUGGUGACAAGUAUCGAUCUUAAUCUUUAGAGUAAACAGAAGAUGACUUAAUAGACUCAAAAUUCUAUAAAAAUCUCCAAGCACUCAAAGUAAGAAAGAACACUUCUCUCGAUAGAAUCGAUGUCGAUAAGAUAUAGAGAUUAUUUGCAACACCUAAGAAUACCAAUAUGAAUCAUAACAUCUCCUCAGAUUAAAUUGAAUUCCCAAAUAAUGAUAGUAACUUCCACAUGCUUCAAAGCUCUAUAGAUUAAAUUGACAAAAGACUAAAUGAAAUUGAAAAUUAGGUUAUCUAUAGUAAGAUAGGCAGACCUCCACUAGUGCCUCCAAUUUCUAAAGAUAAAUACAAGUAGAUAGCAAGCAAAAAUAGAAUUCUAUUGAGAUAAAAGCUAGAGAAUAUAAAAUAGUAGGAAAAUGUUAACAGUAGUAAUCAAAAUAAUUCUACUAAUCUGCUUCAACCCAUUUAAUAAUAUCCAAAUAGUAUUUCAUCUCUUGCCACUUCAAUCUCUGAAAGCCCAUAUUAUAAAGAAAUGGUUAAGCACAGGAAAAAACUGAAUUUGUCAGGAAUGCUUAAAAAUUUAGAUAGUGGUUAAGCAAAUGUUCAAAAUUAACAUUAUAAGAGAUAAAUUUACAAAAGUGAUAGCAAAACUAGGGAAAACACCAUAAAUAUUAAUAUUUAGGAUGAAGAGUUUCAUCUUCCUACAAUUUGA